UGCAACACAACUCGCGCUGCUUUUUCCUGGUUUAGUUGAAACCUCAUUGCCAUGGCUGCCAUGCUGGCACCAGCCAAGCCAAGCUUCGCCCCGCUGGAGAAGACCCGCAGCGCUCCGGUGACCGUGAUCCACGAGGAGGAGCCCAGCAAGCAGCCCCUCCUGCGCUCGCGCACGCUCUCGGUGGUCUCCACGGACAGCUCCUCUGCAGCCUUCUCGCCCAACUCCACGCCCUUCCAAUCCCCAGUUUCGGAGAGCGCCUUUUGGACACCCCAGUCCUCAGCCUCUCCCACCGAUUCAGUGGCCUUCCCUCCAGGCUUCACGCCAGGUCAACCGUACUUGGGUCCCUUGCCGCGCACCAGCUCGGUGGUUUCGACGACCUCGAGCAUCUCGCUGCAGCGCACCGCCUCCAAUGGCCGCCCCUAUCCACCGGGGCUGGGGUGGACGCCACAAGUGACACCACACGAUGAUGGCUUGCAGCGGAAGCUCUCCUUUGGCCUCUCUUUGGAGGAGCCCAAGUUGAGGCGCACCACGACGGAUCUGGAUGUGGUUUUGGAACGGCAAAUGGAGGAGCACUGCUACACGAAGGAGCUCCUCCUCUUCUUCGCCGGCGCCCCCGCCUGCAGCGUGCAGCCCGAAGACACGCCAGAGGCGGUUGGCUUUGUGUGGCCGCAGCCGGGCUUCUUUCGCAUGGAAGCCUUUGAGGCCGAGAAAGCGCCGAAGCCGGAGAAGGAACGCAAGCCUAAGCCCACGACUGCCGAACCAAAGGCCAAGACCGAACCGAAGGCCAAAGCAGAGCCGAAAGCCAAGGCUGCAAGCGGAAAAACAGGUGCUGGCACCUCUGGAGGGCCACACGGCAAGGGUGGCAAGGGUGGCUAUCCGCCAUGGGGCUGGGAUGGAUAUGGCAAGGGCAAAGGUGGUUGGGCCGAAUGGCAGCCAUGGCCAAAGGGAUGGUCCAAGGGGUGGGGAUGGUGAGACGUCUCGGUGCAUCGCAGAGCGAAGACGACUCGGUGAGACGACACGACCCAAACCCCGGGGCCGGAAGGUCCGCCCUGCGCCGCCCUGCAGAUGAAACAGAUUCAGG